CAACUUGAUGGCUAUUGUUUUGUACCAAAGAUACCGCGAGUUGGUAAAUAUUAAUUUUCAGCGGUAGUUAUCAAUAUCACAAUUAAUUUAGGGGUGCAUUGUGCUCUGUGGGGCAUGAGAUAGGGAGGGAUAAUUGUUACUUCGUGAGGAAGGAAGGUGACGACGAUGAAGUGGGCUUAUUUCCGAAUUAUUUCAGGAACCCUAAUAGGAGGAGCUCUCGGUUAUUACCUCAAGUACAAGAUUGAAGUCCACUAUAAGGAGAAGAUGAGAGAGAGGUUGCUUAGUUACAAUAGGGAGAUGAAGAAAGGAGAGACCAUGGACGACACAUCUGAACUUCUUUCGGACUCUUGAUUAGUUAUAUGAGCUUGGGUGCACUCAAAUUUUGGUAUUCUAGGGCUUUUAGAGUAGUGGGUCUUGAGAUUUUUGUGCAGGUGGUGAAUUCGCACCAGUAAAAUAAAAUACAGAAAUAGAAAACAAUCAUGCUAGUGGGGAUUGAUUUUUUCAUCCUUGAAUGAUGCUGCUACAGUUUUGUGAUCCAGCAAAACUGAAAACUAAGAAAGUUAUUUUUGAGGAAACCUACCAUGCACAUGAUCCUGGUACGCUAGCUCAGCUGAAAGAGCUAAGUUCUAGGAGAAGGGCAAUUGAGGAGUCUAUAAAUGGGAGCAGCUUCAUCACUGAAGCAAUAGCAAGAGAAAUGUAUGGAGGAAUAACUUCUCGAUGUCAACAGGAUUUAUACAAGCUAGACCACUAUAUUCCUUUAUUGGAGAACUUAGUGUUGCAAGUUGAGUUAGUUGGACACAAAGAUCAAAUUACUCAAUGGACAUCAGGACUCAAACUGCGAUGGUCUAGUGUAUUGAGUUCAUCCUCUAUCUUCAAUCUAGGAGGUCCAAAAUUCUUUCAAAUCGAUAGUUUGCGAUUUGAACUUGGCAUGGCCCUUUUCCUUUAUGGUGCCUUAUUACGAGAAAGAGCUUUGGAACUAUUAUCAUCAGAUCUAGUUCAAGCGGCAACUCUUUAUAGGAGGGCAGCAGGGGUUUAUCAGUAUUUGGCUGAAGAGGUGCUGCCUCCUCUACAACCCAUGCUUCCACAAGAAAGGCCCCCAGAGAUUACGUCUUCUAUGACUUCCAUUAUGAGCCUGAUAUGCAUGGCUGAGGCACAGGCUGUGAUUGUAAGAAAAGCUGAAGAAAAGGAGAGUAGUGGAAGCCUUCUAGCAAAACUGCACUAUGGCAUCACACAGUUGCUUGAUGAAGCCACAUUGAUCUUAAAUUCAAAGGCAGAUGACUGGAACGGUGUUUCUGAUAAGCUUUUGGCAUUCAUUUCAUCUUGCCGCAUGCUUCAUGAAGCAAGAAGCCAGAGGCAUAUUGCUGCCGAUUUCAGGGGGGCUGAUCAAUUAGGAUUUGCUGUUGGUGUUUUGCAGUCUGCCAUGGCCAACUUGCAGGGGAAAUCCCCUGGUAAAGGGUUGUGGGACUUGGUCUACCGGCAAGAGGUCGAUGCUCUCAGUGAGAUGCUUAGGAAAUAUGAGUAUGAGAGAGGUUUCAUAUGGCACCAAAAGCUUCCUUGUGUCGAGGAGCUGCCAAUUUUGGAGGGUAAGAGAAUAGCGAGCGCUCUGCCUUAUUCCCCCUCAAAACUAGAGAGAGAACUUGUUUUCAUGCUUUAAUGUUAUAUGGAUGAUUGAGAGAAAUGAUUGGUAAGAUUGACUUAUUGAUAGCAAAGCGACUGGGAGAAUUAUGUUGUUCAGUGUUUGCCAUUGAUCAGAGUUUAUUUUUGAAUCUUUGCCUCCUAUGCAUCCAUCUAGCUUGCGUGUAUUCAGUGAGAUUUUCUCAGUUUUAAGUGAAAAUUGUAAUGUUUGUUUCCCUUG